AACAUAACUGACAGGAGUCCAAGACCAGACAGUUGAGGGCAGAUUUUCGAGGACCAGGGGGAAUGGCUUCCCAGGCUGGCCAGAAUAGGUGGACAGGGCAGUGCGGCAGGAUGGUGACGCCCCGGUGGAGGUGACGACGGUGAUGUCAUGUCCCUGGGGGGGCAUCUCAGCCAGCAGUGGUUGCGUAGGCAACACAGGAGACUCUCUUCAGAUGCCGUCAGAGUUAUGCUGACACUCAGCAAGAUCGUGGGUCUACUGAAGGAGCUCGACGACCAGAAGGUUCUCUAUGAGAGCCUGGUGUCAGACCUGCUCCUCUGGAUCAGAGCCAAGGUGAUGCAGCUGAACGAUCGCUCCUUCCCCAACUCCCUCAGAGAGAUGCAGGUCCUGGUCAGCGCCUUCAAGACCUACCGCACCGUGGAGAAACCGCCCAAGUACCAGGAGCGUGGAGCGAUCGAAGCCCACCUGUUCAGCCUCCGGACCCAGCUGAUGGCCAACAAUCAGUGGGCGUACGUGCCCCCAGAGGGGCGGACCCUGGGGGACGUGGAGCGGGGCUGGGCACAGCUGGAACGAGCGGAGCACGAGAGGGAGGGUGCCCUACAGGGGGCGCUGAUGAUGCUGGAGCAGAUGGAACAGCUGGCGAAGAAUUUCCACAAGAAGGCGGCUCUGAGGGAGAACUACCUGGAGGACACCCAGGGUCUGGUGAGGAGGCAGGACGUGAGGGGGCUGGCCAAUCUGGAGGAGGCCCUGGCCGCAGCUCGCCGUCUGGAGGCCCUGGAGACGGACGCCCUGGCCAGGGAGCCCCGCUUCAGGGCCCUGAGGGACAUGGCUGCCCUCAUAGAGAGAGGAGACUACCACAGCAAAGAGCAGGUCACCCGGAGGGAAGAGAACAUCACACGGCACUGGAGGGAUUUGCUGCAGCAGCUGGAGCAGCAGAGGGGGAUGCUGGGAAAUGUAGUCCACACACUGAAUGUGCUUCGAGACAUAGAGCUGGUCUCCCAGGAGCUGAAAGAAUUACAGGCCCUGGCAGGGUCAGCUGAGCUGGGGAAGCAGCUGGCUGAAGUGGUGUCUCUGCUGCAGCAGCAGGACCUGCUGGAGAGCCAGAUCUCCUCCCAGGGUGAGGCGCUAGCCGCUAUCAGCCGGGGGCGCCACAGAGACGCUCCCCAGGUCCAGACCAGGAUCAAGGCUCUCAACGCCCAGUACAGCUCUCUGGAGGCCCUCAGCAAGAACAGGAGGAAGCAGCUGGAAGGCCAGCUGAGACUGUUUGAGUUCUUCCACGACUGCGACGAGGUGGAGGCGUGGAUAUACGAGAGGUGGCUCCGCCUUCAGACCGCCGGCCUGGGCCGUGACCUCAGCCAGAUCCAGCUGGCCAUUCAGAAACACAAGGUGCUGGAAGCCGAGGUGCAGUCUCACGAGUCUUGGUGCUCUGGGGUCGUAGGUCGGGGGCAGGAGCUGUGUAGCCGACGUCCCCCCAGCGAGCAGGCCAUCCAGAAGUGGGUCAGAACCCUGAAGAAGCAGUGGAACCACCUGAAGGAUGAGGUGGCCAGCCACAAGAACCGGCUGCAUGCCGCCACAGUCAUCAAACAGUACUUCGCUGAUGUCACAGAAGCCAACUCGUGGCUGGGCGACAGGAAGCCGCUGCUGACCAGUGAAGACUACGGCAAGGAUGAAUCCAGCACCGGUGCACUGUUACAGCGCCACCUACGUCUGAUGAAGGAGAUGGGCGCGUACUCCACCGAGGUGAAGAGGCUGGGGGAGCAGGCCAAGAACGCUGCACAGAUGUCUCCUCUCACUGCGGAGCCUCAGCAGAGCAAGAUGGUCCAAUACAGUGACUCCUCUGGGGAGGAGGAGGGGCCAGGAGCCGUGACAUCACCUCAAGGAGGGAAGCCAGGCCCAACCUCCAUCCAGACGCAGAGUAGAGAGGAGGCCAAAGCCAAGAUCAGAUACAGAUACAAAGGUGUACAGGCAAGCUGGGACCGUGGUGAGGUGGUGACCAUCCUCAGCAGAGACCAUGGUGAGAAGGUCCUGGCCAGGGACACUAAAGGAAAUGAACAGUUGGUUCCAAAGACCUAUCUCAACGAGCUCUCAACCACAGUAAGACUUUCAUACCCUGUUACACCCUCUACUCCACCCACCAAUGGGGUGUCUAAGCCAGAAAGUGGGAAGCUGACCAGGAAGUUGAGUCGUCCUCGGCGAAGCCGGUCAAUGCGUCGCGGCACGGCGGAGAUCCAGACUGCCUGGAUCCCAGACCCUCACUACCAGAGGAACACCAUCCAGAGCACCCAGAGCAGCCUGGAUGAGGACUACAACUCGCUCUACAACCUGGCCAAGUCUCGGAGGACGACCCUGGAAGAGACGGUGCGUCUCCAUCGCUUCUACAACACCUGCCAGGAGUUUGAGUCCUGGAUGGAGGACAAGGAGAAAGUCCUGAACACGUUCAGCUCCUCUGCAGAAAACAUGGGAGUCGUACAGGCCAAGUACGAGAACUUCCUCACUGAGCUAGCGAGUGGGAGGGGUCAGCUGGAUGACAUCACCAGCCUGGGAGAGGAGCUGGUGAGAAGCAGACACAGCAAACAGCAGGAGAUUAAAGCCAGACAAAGACAGGUUUCACGCAGGUGGGAGCACAUCCAGCGCCUGAAGGAUGAGAAGGGCCAGGAGCUGCUGAGCGGGGCCGACGUGCGCUCCUUCCUGCAGAGCUGUGAGGAGGCUCGGGUUCAGCUCCAGGACCAGCUGGUCCUGCUGGAGCCCUUGGAUCCAGGCUGCAGCCCCGGCACCCUGCAGGCCGAGGAGAGGACCCAGACCCAGGCUCUCAGGGACAUCCACACCCUGGAGAGGAAGAUCUCUUACCUGAAGAGCGUGGCCAAAAUGAAGCAGGACUGCAGCCCGGCAGAAAGUGCAGCCAUCUUGGAGGAGGUGCGUGGUCUGGAGGCAUUGCUGCUGCAGGUGAAGCAGCAGGCGGCAGAGAGACAGCAGCAGCUGGAUGAGGCCAAGAGGCUGCAGGAUUUCCAGCUGCAGACAAGAGACCUGGUCCUCUGGGCCGGGGCGACUCAGGAGCGCCUCCUGGAGGACGAGUCAGGCACGGACGUAGCGUCGGCCCUGGCCCUGCUCAAAGACCACCAGGACCUGAGGUUGGAGAUAGAGGAGCAGAGAGACAGGCUAAAACGGAUGGACAAACUGGGCAAGUCCCUGGAGAGGAGCACCGGGGCGAGAGGUGGAGCAGAGAUCCAUCGGACCCUGGACAAGCUGCACUCUGAGUGGACCAAGCUGGACAGCCUGUGGGCCAGUGGGAACUGCCGUCUGGAGCAGGGUCUGGAGCUACAGAAGCUGAACAAGGAAGCAGACAGGAUAGAUGCAUCUCUAUCUGGACACGAAGCCAGACUGAGAAUUCAAGAUCUGGGGGACUCGGUGGACAGUGUCCACAGUCUUCUGGGUAGACAGGAGGAGCUGGAGGAUCUACUGAAGGCCCUGGACCAUCAGAUCAGCCUCUUCCAGGACAGGAGCCACCAGCUCAUCAGCAAAAGACACUUUGCAUCCAAACAGAUCCAGGAGAGACUGCAGGGUAUUGAGGAGCGAAACAGGAAGCUUGGAGAGAGCUGCCGACAUAGAAGAAAUCUCCUGUUAGCCUCCAGGAAGUACCAGGAGUUCCUGCGAGAGGCUGAGGAGAUGCAGCUGUGGAUGGAGGAGAAGGUCAAGAUAGCAGAGGACGAGUCUUACCGAGACCCCACCAACGUCCUCCGCAAGCUGAAGAGACAUGAGGCGGCAGAGAAGGAGAUGCAGGCCAACCAAGUGUGGCUGGACAGACUCACUCAGCUGGGAGAGGAGAUGCUGGCAGAGGAACACUACAACAGCCAGAGCAUCCGGAGGAAAUCCUCGGGGGUGACCAGCCGCUGGGCUCGCCUCCAGACCAAGAUGGCCGAGCGGGGAGACAAACUGAGGCAGGCGGGGCAGCAGGAGCAGUUGAUGGAGCUGCUGCAGGAUGCUAAGGUGAAGAUCGAGGCUAUCCAAUGGAUGCUUCAGAACGCCCCCAAAGGUCACGACCUGCGCUCCAGCCGGCAGCUGCUGAAGGAGCACCAGCAGUUGGAGCAGGAGGCGCAGGAGCUGGCCGACAAGAUCAACGCCAUCGUGACCCGUGCCAAACACCUCGCCACCCACCACUUUGACUCCCAGAGGAUUCUUCAGGAGACGGACCUCUACCUCAAGAUGUUCAAGUCCCUCCAGAAGCCCCUGGACCGGCGCAGAGCCCAGCUGGAAGCUUCCGUGGUUCUGUACGGGUUCUACCACGAUGUGGAUUUAGAGCUAAAUUGGAUCACAGAACAUUAUCCAUCAGCUGGGUCCACUAACUAUGACAAGUCCCUGGCAGGGGCCAUCGUCCUGCUGCAGAAACACAAGGAGCUGCAGGCGGAGGUGAACGCCCACUGUAAACACCUGACACGUGUCCUGGAGAAGGGGCGUGGCCUGGGGAAGUCCAGCCAAUACGAAGGCGAGGAGGUGGUGAAGAGGUGUGGCCACCUGAACGCAGAGUGGGAGGAUCUGGAGGGGGCGUGCGAGAAGAGAGCGGCCCACCUGAGCAAGGCUGUCACCAGAGAACAGAUCCUGCUGGACUGUGCAGAGCUGGAGAGCCGUCUGUCUGAGAUCCUGGCUCUGGUCAGCACAGACGAGUACGGCAAGAAUGAACUGGCCACGCAGAGCCUCAUCAAACAGCACCAGGUGCUGGAGGGGCAGCUGGAGGUGGUGGAGAAUCAGGUGGAGGAGUUAGGGGAGCAGGUGGAGGAGGCCAUCCAUGACUGGCACCUGGAGGAACUCAACAGACCUUACAUGCGAAUUAGCACCCAGAACACACAAUUACAGCACAGUGCUGCUCUCAGGGCCCAGAAGCUGAAGGAGGUGUUACACUUACAUGAGUUCACAAGGGAGUCCUCUGAGUUGGAGGACUGGAUCUCCCAGCAGAGACUGACUGCCUGCUCUGAGGACUAUGGUAACGACUAUGAACAUGUGAUGCUGCUGCGUGGGAACUUUGAGGCCUUCCUGAAGCGCCUGGAAAUGGGGUUAGAAAGGAUGCAGAGCUGCAAGGAACUGGCUGACGCCCUUAUACAAAACAAACAUCCCCAGUCCUCCACCAUCAGAGAGAUUCUGCAUCAGCUCAGAACAUCAUGGAAGGAGCUUCAAGACCUGUCCAGAGAGCGUCAGGCUUGUCUGCUGAAGGCAGAGGAUUGUCACAAGGUCUACAGAGACCUGACUGAGGCUCUGGGACACAUUGAGGAGCGGCAUAUGAGCAUCACUGAUGACGUUGCCAGAGACCUGCGUGUGAUGUCACAACUACGUAAACAUGAAGAACUGGUCCACGAGCUGGCAGGCACUGAACAACAGCUCCAGGAACUGCUGGAUGCGACUGAUUCCACCCUGGAGCUGUGCACCCCUGACAUGAGACUCCGCCUUCAAGACCAGCAGCAGGAAGUGGUGGGGAACUGGGAGAGACUCCGCCUCCACAUAGACCAGAGGGAGGCGGAGCUAAAACUGACACGCCAGCGCUACCUCUUUCUCAACACGGUGCAGGAUUACUUCCUGUGGUGUGGCCAGGUGCUUAGUGGCAUGUCAGCAGAGGAAAGCAUUAGAGAUUUGGUGACAUGUGACCUCCAGCUCUACCAGCACCAACAGCUGUGGGCGGAGAUGCUGGCUCGUCAGGAGACCUAUGACCAGGCGUUGGCCUUAGGCCAACAGCUGGUGGAGCAAGAUGGAACAAACACCAGAGAGGUGAAGGAAAAACUGUGGUCACUGCAGGAGGAGAAGGACAAGCUGCACGGCCACUGGGACAGGAAGCAGAGGAGCCUGGAAGUCACACACCUGGAGCAGGUCUUCUACAGGGACAUGAAGAGCAUGGAGAACAUCAACAACUCGCAGGAGAUCCUGCUGAAGAACAGUGACCUGGGGACGACAGUGGACGAGGUGGAGAGGCUGUUCAAACGCCACGAGGCCUUCGAGAAACUGCUGAGCACCCAGGAAGACAAGAUUGUGUCUCUGAAGGAACUUGCUGAAAAGCUGAGACAGGAAGACUUGAGUAGAGAAAAAUCUGGUCGGAUUCACAGCAAACUGAAGGGCCUCCUGGAGAGACGGGAUAGGAUCAAGCAGCUGUCAAUCAAACGCAAGGAGGAACUGGCCAUCUCCAGGCUGCUUUGUAUCUUCAACCGCAACGCUGCUGAGGCAGAGGAAUGGGUGUCUGAACGCAUGCAGAAGAUGCAGGAGAACUCCAAGAUGGACCUGAGUAACCUGCAGACCAAGAUGAAGAUGCUGCAGAAACACCAGGUGUUUGAGGUUGAGAUCCUGGCCCACGGAAGGAUCAUUGACUCAGUGCAGCAGGCUGGCGAGGAGUUGCUGUCGCUGCGUCACCCCAGGUCGAAAGAAGUCCGUGCAAGCAUGGUGGCUCUGAAUCACCACUGGGAGGAGCUGAAGAUGGCCGUGGUGGCCAGGGGGAAAGUCCUAGAAGACAACAGAGACUUCCUGGAGUUCCUUCAGAAGGUGGAGCAGGUGGAGGUCUGGAUCAGGCAGAAGGAGGUGAUGAUCAACGUAGGAGACGUUGGCGAGGACUACGAACAUGGACUCCAGCUGCUGAAAAAACUCAAUGAGUUCAGAGGGUCAGGGUCCAGGGAUGUUACCGUUGACGAUGCUCACAUUAAGGCCAUCAACAGUCUGGCUGCUCGGCUGGAGAGACAGAACAGUGACGACCUGGACACCGUCAAACAGAGGAAGAAAGGGCUCAACGACAGGUGGAGCAAGUUCCAUGUGAACCUGAGCAGCUACAAAAAGAAGCUGGAAGGGGCGCUGGAGAUCCACUCCCUCAUCAGAGAGCUGGACGAAGUCAGGGAGCGAGCCAAUGAGAAGAUGCACCUGCUGCAUGGCCAGGACUGUGGCUGGGACGUGGAGAGUGUUGAGAACCUGAUCAGACGCCACGAGGAGACAGGGAGGGAAGCUGGAGUCAUUCAGGAGAGGGGGAAGGUCUUGGAUAAAGAGUCAUCAGACAGUCUGAAGGGCAAGUCUGUUUUGGCUGACAAACUGAGUAAAAAGCAGAGAGAGGUCAAAACGACUCUGGUGACGUUGGAGAAGGAGGUCAAACUCAGGAAGGAGAAGCUGCAGGAGGCUCACCAGCUGCAGCUGUUCAAGGCUAACCAGCGCCUCCUGCUGGACUGGAACGUCAAACAGAGUGCAGAGAUGGGAGAGAAGGGGCUUCCCAAAAGCAAGGCUGAGGCAGAGAGACUCAUAGUGGAGCACCAGGACUGGAAGACGGAGAUCGAUGCGCGUGCGGAGCGCAUCGACGCGGUCAGGGACUUUGGCCAGAGUCUAGUGAGGUCUGGACACAGCUGCUCCGCAGACAUCAAGAAGUCUCUCAGCGAGCUUGAGGAGGCCAAGGUUGGACUGAACCAGGCUUGGCAGAAAAGGAAUACAAUCCUGGACCAAGCCCUGAGACUGCAGUUGUUCUUGGGCUACGUGGAGCAGAGUGAGAGCUGGCUUAGCAGCAAGGAGGCCUUCCUGGCUAACGAGGACCUGGGGAGUUCCUUGUCGGAUGUGGAGAGCCUGCAGAGGAAGCAGGCGCUGUUUGAGACCACGCUAGAUGCCCAGCUGGAGCAGGUGGAGGAGGUGGAGAGGCAGGCUCAGCAGCUGACCCAACAAAGACACUACGACGCUGACAACAUCAACAGCAAGAGCAGGGCCGUCCACACCAGAAAGGACAAGCUGUUAGAGAUGAGUAGGAGGCGGCGGAAGGUUCUGGAGGAAUCGCGGCAGCUCCAGAAGUUCCUGGCCAACACAUACGAGGUGUGCUCAUGGUUGAAUGAACGUAACGCGGUCGCCCUGGAUGAGAGCUGGAGGGAACCCUUUAACCUGCAGGCGAAGCACCUCAAGCACCACAGCUUCGAGGCUGAGAUCCUGGCUAAUCACAACAGAGUGGAUGUUCUCACCAAGGAGGGUGAGAGGAUGAUCUCGGCAGGCCACUACGCCCCAGGCAAAAUCAAACCCUGGCUGAAGGACCUCAGAGACACAUGGGAACAGCUCCUCAACAACUGCAAAGAGAAGAAAGCACGUCUGCAGCAAGCCUACCAGGCGUUACAGUUCCAGCGCUCCCUGGAGGAUAUGGAGCAGUGGGUGGGGUCGGUAGAGAAGGAGUUGACCGUUCAGGACUGUGGAACUGACCUGCAGUCUGUUAGUCGUCUGCUGAAGUCUCUGCAGGGAUUGGAAGAGGUUGUGGAUGGGCACCAGGAGAGAAUACAGGGCCUCAUGGCUACAGCCAAGGAUUUCAGCUCUCAGGGGAACUUUCUGGCAGAGGAGAUCCAGCCCCGAGUCAGAGAGAUCGUCAACAGAUACAACGGGUUGGCGGAGCCCCUGCAGAGUCGCAGGGAGACCCUGGAGUCCUGGCAGCUGCUGUUCCAGUUCUACAAAGACAUGGAGGAUGAGCUGUUGUGGGUGCAGGACAAGCUGCCCUAUUCCUUUGCCAGAGACUGGGGUUCCACUCUGUCCAGCACACAGGCCAUGGUCAAGAAACACCAGGUCGUGAUGCAGGAAAUCACAAGUCGCACCCCAUUGGUCCAGGCGGUGCAGGAGGCAGGGCAGAACAUGGUUCGCGGCCGCCAUUUUGCCUCCCAUGAGAUCAGCGAGCGCUUGGCUGAACUGAAAAGGAUCUUCGAGGACCUGAAGAGAGAGUCGGAAAACAAGGGUCGUCUCUUGCAGGACGCCUUGAAGAUACAAACCUUCUUAUCUGAGGUGUCAGAGCUGGAGCUGUGGAUGGAUGAGCAGAAGCCUGUGCUGGAGUCCAGAGACUAUGGGAAGAGUGAGGAGGCCACGGAGAUCCUCCUGAAGAAGCUGGACUCUGUAGACCUUGAUCUGGACCACCAGAGGGAGACUGUGGACGCCCUUCAGGAGAUUGGGGCCAAGCUGGAGCACUGUGGACACCCCAUGAGCCAUCUGGUGAGUAAGAGCCUGCCAGACAUGAUGAACCAGUACGAUAGUGUUCUUCGUCUGUCUGCCUCGCGGCGCUCAGCUUUAGAGGACCAGCUAAGCCUGUAUGUGUUUGAGAGAGAAGCCGGGGAGCUGCAGACCUGGCUCAGCUCCCACCAGUCUGUCGCCCAGUCUGAGGACUAUGGACAGGACUUGGAGGAUGUGGAGGUGCUUCAGAAGAAGUUUGAGGACUUUGUGGUGGAGGUGAACACCUUGGGCCACAGCAAACUGGGCUCGGUGCAGCAGCUUGGCCGAGAGGUCAAGUCUGCAGAAGGACAGAGGAAAGAGGCAGUCCUGAGCAGACUGUGGGAUGACCUCAACCACACCAUCAAGAUGAGAGAUCAGAACCUGCAGGGAGCGAGGGAGGUGCACCAGUUUGACCAUGAUGUGGAUGAGCUGAGGGGCUGGAUGAGUGAGAAAGAGGUGGUGCUGAACUCGGAAGAUCACGAACACGACCUGCUCGGAAUCCAGGCGCUCAUACGACAACAUGAGGGGCUGGAGAGGGACCUGGAGGUGAUGGAAGGGAAAGUAUCCAGGACCCAGGAGGAGGGCAGGGCUCUGGCCAGGCGACAUCCCCAGGUGGGGGCUAGUCUGAGGGAGAGGCUUGAGGAAGUGGAGGCUCGCUGGGCCAGCCUCCAGGCCAAGGCCAGCCAGCGCAGGACCAGGCUGGGUCAGGCUGAGGCCGUCCAGAGAUACCUCACUGACUGGACAGAACUCAUGGCAUGGCUGAAAGAGACCCUUUCCCUGGUCAGAGGGGAGGGGCUUGGAGGGGAGAGAGCAGACCUGGAGCAACUAAUCAAGAAGCACGAGGAAUACCACAUCCAGAUUGACAGGCAGUUUAACCAAUCACAGGCUAUGAAAGACAGAGGCAAACGACUGGCAGAGGACGGCAACUUUAUGUGCCAAGAGUUGGAGGAGCGUGUGUGGGAACUGCAGGACUUGCAGGCCCAGGUUGUGGAGGUGUGGGAGGAGCGCAGGGUGAUGUACCAGGAGGAGCUGGAGGUCCUGCAGCUCCAGAGAGAGAUGGAGCAGGCGGAACACUGGCUCUCCACCUACGAGGCGACCCUCAAGGCAAAGGACUACGGGGAUUCGGUGUCCGAUGUCGUGGAACUCAUGAAGAAACAAGAGGAUCUGGAGGCUAUGAUGCAGGCCCAGAGUGAUCGCUUCACAGCCCUGCAGAGAAAGAGGACAAAGCGUGAACAGAGGCUGCUAGGUCUCCAAGGCGAUGAGGAGGAUUCUAGAAAGAAGCCGAUGAGAGUGUCCUCCUUGAAGAGGAAACCGUCCGACCCUAAAAACCCUUGUGUUACUUUCUCUAAAGCCCCAGUCAACAUGACCGGCAGUGGCACAACACCAGAGAGGCCAGGCCUGGGAGAACGACCAGAGAGAGGGAAGAGAGAGACGUCAGACAGAAGAGAGAGUCCAGAGAGACUCGAGAGAGGAGAGAGACUAGAGGAGGAACCAGUCACCAUCUCCAGUGGACCAAUGUUCAGCCCCAGCCCCACCCCUGCUCCUAGGACCUGGACCAACCACAGCCCGGCCCCCCUCACCUCAUUCGAACCCCCCGCCACAGUCCCUGAACCCCCUUCCCACCCCCAAGGUGCUCGCCCCACCACCCUCAGCCUGGCCCAUGAAGAACAGCGCCCAGCCAAACCCUCUAUUGCCCCCAAACCCAGGGGUUCCUUCAAAGACAGGAAGUUUGUACCUCCCUCUGAACCUGCCCCUGCCCCACCUGUGUGCAUAGCCACCUCACCUCCCGGACGGCUAGAGAACGACACUGCAGACUCUCCUCCAAGCAUCAGGAAGUUGGAUGCUGCUGACUCCCCACCGACACCAAUCAGGGAAAUGCCUACACCCCCUGACUCCCCCUCUCUGCUAACCAGGAAGCCGCCUUCGUCCCCAGACUCCCCGCCCAGUCCAAUCAGAGAGCAAUCUACUGCCCUAACAGACCCGUCUGUCUCCACCAGAGAGCUGCCCCUCUCUUCCCCCUGGUCCAGGAGACUGGAGGAUCUGCCUGAAGAAUCCAUCACCCUCUCUCACUCCACGUCUGAUGAAAGUGAUGGAGCACCUGUCAAACUGGAUGGCAUGUUAGAGAUCAAGCUGAAACAGAAAGGACUGGACCACUGGGAGUCCGUGUAUGCAGCCAUUGAGGGAGACUCACUCAACCUGUUCAAAGACAGAGAAGCAGCUGUAGAGAGGACGUCACGCUGGCCGCCUAUCCUCCUGGCGGGAGCUGUGUGUAAGGAGAACACCUUCUACCGCAGGAAGGACCACACCUUCAAGCUCAUACUGGAGGAUGGGAGUCAGUACCUGUUUGCAGCGACGAGCCGCGAGGUGCAGCUGAGAUGGGUGGAGACUCUGCAGAGCAGCACCAAGUCGGGCAGCUCCUCAGAGGAUUCUGGUAGGUCGGAAGCUGUCGACCUCAGGUCCGGCUUGGUGACUGAAGCAGCAGAGAGGCAGACCUCCAGAGGACAGGACAGCUUCUACGGCCGUGACAUGGAGCCUUCUCAGGAGAGGGAGCCUCCACCCAAGCCCCCCCACACCUACUACAACAGACACCACUAUCCAGAAGAAGGGGAAAGGAGCGUGACCUUAAAAAGCUACAGGAGCCUGGAAAGGAGCCAGCCCCCUUCAGAUCCCCCUCCCCUUCCUCCCCAAGCCCAGGAUGUGACAGGGUUCACAGACAAACCCAGGAAGAAUGUCUUCCAGAAGCUCUUCAAGAAGUGACCAAAGGCCUCCGAGAACUCUGAGCCAGAGAGGGACUGUUAUCAGAACUAAAUAAUUUCACAUUCAUGCUUAUUUUGAUCUUUUAUCUAGUCGAGCCUAAACUAGGCUUGCUGUAGUAUAGCAACAUUUCAUUGUGUAUGUAUCAUCUAAGCAGUACAAAAUCAAAACAUCAUAAAUACAUUCACAAUAACAAUCUAUCCGAUUGUCUCUCAUGGGAUCAUGCAUGUGCCUUUCCAACAUUUUUGUUCAGUGAAUAUAUUUAUUCUUGAAAUUACUUUUGUAAUAAUUUACACAUAUGUCUACAGUACAUCAGACUUUACGACAACAUUUCUAUAGACAUGCAUGUUUUAAUCAAGCUGUUAUCAUCAUUUGUAUCUGGGAUUAUUUAGCUUGACAAAAAAAUACAUGAGAUACUUAACUUUGAAUGUCUUCACACUGAGAUUACACCAAAGAUCAAACAAGGAAUAUGAUUGAUAAUCUUUCCACUUCAAGAUCCUUUGAUCUGAUGAACUAAGCAAGUAGGAGAAUGUUGAUUGGUUAUACAUUGCAAUAACUUUGUAGUAAGAAUUUUCCAAAUUAAUAAAUUAUAAUUGUAUAUGAU